ACAACUACUCUUUUGAUAAAGCUAGCCAGAGAGAAAAAGUCCGAAACACAUAGAAACAAGAAAAGUAUUGAAUCCUUGCACGCACGCACAAAUGGGAAGAGCUGCAGGUGGGGAUGAACAAACAGCUCUUCUUCAUCGUCACUCCUCCAUUGCCCUGCUACAAGAAAGGUUUAGACAACUGGAAAGGGCAAAGGAGAUUCGGCAAGAGAGAGAGCUGUCCAGAUCAGGACCGCCAUCUUCGUAUCAUCAUCAUCAUCAUCAUUCUCGACAUGUUGAUGAUCGGACGACUUAUUACGAGCGUUCCCAGACCGAAUUCUUGUUUCCUCCGCCGCCACCGGCCAAGCCAUCAUCAUCAUCAUCAUCUAAACUUCCCCUCUCCCUGUGGCCGGCAGACUCUUCACCGACAGCGGAGGAGAUGCGGCGGAUAAACGACGUAAACUUGACUCCUCCUUGGGUCAUGGCCAAAUAUGACCAUCUUUAUCACACUUAUUCUCCGGAUGUUGAUACUUCCCUUCACCUCUAGCUAUCCUGUUGCUUGUCUAAUUCAUUGUUGUGUUCAAAAGGAAAGAUCUAGCCGUACGUACGUUAUACAUGUAAUAUCUACCUACCUACUUCAUCUAUUUCAAAAUUUAAAAUUCCACAAUUCGUCAUAUUAUACUUUUCCCAAAUUUGAUGCAUC